AUGAGGUCGACCACUACCGCCGGUGAAGCCAUACCGGCAGAGGAUGUCGAAAAACGCCUAAGAAAGUGUCUGGUACUUUUUACGGAAAAGUAUUAUCCAGACAUGGCUAAAAUGCUCCAAACAUGUGCUGAAAUGCUAGAGCAAUCUAAGGAGAAUUCCAGGAAGCCUGAAACCGUUCCAAAAACUUUAAUUGAGAAGCCAGAAUCAGUGACCGGGAAGGAGCCAUUAAAACCUGCAACUAAACUGGAGCGUGUUAAAGAAGACUUAACGCCGAAGCUGCCAGUAGCCAGUUCACUAAAUAAUCGUAGUAAUUCCAGUAAAGAUGAUCAUCUAAAGAACUGUCUUCUGGAUCUUGCCAGGAAAUAUCAUCCAGACUUGGCUAAAUGUAUUGAUAACUGCGUAGAGGAAAGGAACCAGAUGCAGCCUUUACCAUCAGUCGACCCUACAGUUAAGUCACCUCUUCUUUCUCAUACUUCAGAGCCAAUGCCAGUGUCAGAGGAAAGAAAGCAGACGAAUAACCAUUUAGUCAGAGGACCUGAGUUGUACCACCCUAGUUAUGCAAAUGGUCUGCAUAGUCGUAAUUCUUUACCUGCUUCUUGUCCAUCCCCUGAAGGUCCCUUUAAGAGACGGCAAUUGCAAAAUCGCUUACUUCAAUUUCCAGAUAAAUAUCGUCCUGAUUUAACUAAAAGCAAUGGCGAGUACGCAGAGAAACCCGAAGAACUCCAAUUCACUAGUGAACCAAUUACACAGAGAAAUUCAAAGCAAACGUCCCUUAUUAUGCCCAAAAGUCCACCAGCUGAAUUCUUUCUUCCACAUUCCCAAAGCAAAUUUUACGAUACCGAACAGGAUUUAAAGGUUCCCUUGGUGCGAUUUGCAGAAAAUCAUUAUCCAGAAUUCACCUGUUCCAUCAAUAGGUAUCCAACAGAGUUAAGACAACCUCAAGGGCAAACACAACCGGCAGAACCAACUACUCUUCCAACCGCUUCUACACAACCCAUGGAAAUUAGUCUCAGAUCAAAUGGAAGAGAAGUAAUUGCACAGAGAGAAUCAGAGCGUCAAACCUAUAUGCACCCAAUUGCAGAGCAAUAUCAUCCAAAGCUAACCAAAAUCAUUGUAAAAUGCGUUGAUAAGCAUGAAAGUUCGGAGAAUGAACCAUUCAAACCCCUAUUUCAAGAUAUGGAGCCAAUGAAAAGAUCUCCAAUGGUAGAGGAUGCAAAGAAAGGUGUUCAAUUGUAUGAAUGUUUACUGCGAUUCACUGAAAAAUAUCAACCAGAAUUGGGCGUAUGCAUAGCUAAGUGUGUGGAAAAAUUGGAUCAACUUUCAAAUAAACGGGCAUCGUUUGUUCAACCCCCUGUAGACAGCGGUGGCAAAGACCUAGACUUAUGCCUACUGGAAUUUGCAAAACAGAAUCAUCCGGAGUUAGCAAGAUGUCUAGGAGCAUGUAUGGAAAAAGUAGAACAAUCUCAAGGAAGGAAGAUAUCUUCUACAUCUUCUGAUUUACAUGAAAUAGAGAAAGAAAAGAAACUCCUACAGAACUACAUUUUACAGUUAACAAAGAUCUACCAACCUGAAUUGGCCAAACUUAUGAUAGAAUACUUGGAAAAUGAAAAUAAUCUAAAUGCUGAUCACGGUACUCUCCCUGUAGUUGAAAAACAUGAAAAUGGAAAGGAAAGGGAGCUCCUGCAGCAGUGCUUGCUUCAACUUACUAAACUCCGCCAACCCGAUUUGGGGGAACUCGAGGAACAGAGAAGAACAGAUAUUGAACAUUGUGGCACAGCUCCAAGGCAGUUAUCGAACGUUUCUGAACCAUUCGCAACUGAAAAGGCUUUAGAAAGUACAAAUGACUCACUAAAGUAUGCUGCGACAGAGAUCGGUAACUUGACGGCUUUGGGACCAAUUAAAGAGAGCUUAGAGAAGAUAGCAGAGGAGCUAUACCCUGAUCUCGUUCUCCCCAUGGGACAAUGUGUAGCUCUGGGUGAGGACUCCAAUGUUGAACUUGCGUCACCAGAAUCGACUCAGCAUAAAAUGCGAAUUUAUUUAGAUGGUAUGGAGAAUUUGGCCAAGGUAUCUGUUUUGCAAACCGACUGCCAGGAAACUAGGAAAGAAGAAGUUAUUAUUGAGACACCUAUGUCAGCUAUUGCAAAAGAACUUUCACCAGUUGAUGUGGAGUUCAUUAUGGAACGACAAUCUGCGGCAACUUCCCCCGAAGCCAAGAGAAGGGAUUUGUUAAAUAGUGUGAUAGUGAUUUUAAAACAUAUUUGGCCUGAGUUAAUGGAAUGCCUUCGCAGAGAGGUAAUGGACGAACCUAGUGAAGUCGAACAUGUCCUACAUCAACAAAGAACUAUCGCUCAACCACCCAAUCAGCUGAAAAUUAUGAUCUAA